UAUUCAUCCUACCUUUUCUCUUUUUUUCAACCCCACAAGCCUUAGACACAAUGAAGUGGGUAACUUUUAUUUCCCUUGUCUUUCUUAUCAGCUCUGCUUAUUCCAGGGGUGUGGUUCGUCGAGAUGCACACAAGAGUGAGAUUGCUCAUCGGUUUAAGGAUUUGACAGAAGAAUAUUUCAAAGGCCUGGUGCUGGUAACCUUUUCUCAGUAUCUCCAGCAGUGCCCAUUUGAAGAACAUGUAAAAUUAGCAAAUGAAAUAACUGAGUUUGCAAAAACAUGUGCUGCUGAUGAGACAGCUGCUAAUUGUGACAAGACACUUCAUACUCUUCUUGGAGACAAGUUGUGUACGGUUGCAUCUCUUCGUGCCACCUAUGGAGACAUGGCGGACUGCUGUGAAAAACAAGAGCCCGAGAGAAAUGAAUGCUUCCUGAAACACAAAGAUGAUAACCCAAAUCUCCCUGCACUGGUGAGACCAGAGCCCGAGGCCCUGUGCACUGCCUUUCAGGAAAAUGCACAGAAGCUUUUGGGAAAGUACUUAUAUGAAGUUGCCAGAAGACAUCCUUACUUUUAUGGCCCAGAGCUCCUUUUCUAUGCUCAAAAAUAUAAGGCAGUUUUAACAGAUUGCUGCCAAGCUGCUGAUAAAGCUGCCUGCCUGGGACCAAAGCUGGAUGCUUUGAAGGACACAGUACUGACUGCAUCUGCCAAAGACAGACUCAAAUGCUCUAGUCUUGAAAAAUUCGGAGAUAGAGCUUUCAAAGCAUGGACCGUAGCUCGCCUAAGCCAAAAAUUCCCCAAGGCUGAUUUUAUGGAGGUUUCAAAGCUUGUGACAGAUUUGACCAAAAUCAACAAGGAAUGCUGCCAUGGUGACCUGCUUGAAUGUGCAGAUGACAGGAUGGAUCUUGUCAAGUAUAUAUGUGACAAUCAAGAUUCAAUCUCCAGUAAACUGAAGGAAUGCUGUGGUAAGCCCGUGAUGGAAAAAUCCCACUGCCUUCUUGAGGUGGAAAAUGAUGAUUUGCCUGGUGACCUGGCCCCGUUAUCUGCUGAUUACGUUGAUGAUAAGGAUGUUUGUAAAAACUAUAAGGAAGCAAAAGAUGCCUUCCUGGGCACGUUUUUGUAUGAAUACUCAAGAAGGCACCCUGAAUACUCUGUUUCAUUGCUAUUGAGACUUGCCAAGACAUAUGAAGCUACACUGGAGAAAUGCUGUGCCACCGAUGAUGCCCCUGCAUGCUAUUCUAAAGUGUUCGAUGAACUUAACGCUCUCGUGGAGGAGCCCAAGAACUUAGUUAAACAAAACUGUGAGCUUUUUGAACAAGUUGGAGAGUAUGGCUUCCAAAAUGCGCUCAUAAUCCGAUACACCAAGAGAGCACCCCAGGUGUCAACUCCAACACUUGUGGAAGUUGCAAGGAAUCUAGGAAAAGUGGGCACCAAGUGUUGUACGCUGCCUGAAUCAAAAAGAAUGGGCUGUGCUGAAGACUAUCUGAACGUAGUCCUGAACCGAUUGUGUGUGUUGCACGAGAAGACACCAGUGAGCGAAAAAGUUACCAAAUGCUGCACAGAAUCCUUGGUGAACAGACGGCCAUGCUUUUCUGCUCUGGGAGUCGAUGAAACAUAUGUUCCCAAAGCUUUUAAUGCUGAGACAUUCACCUUCCAUGCAGAUGUAUGCACACUUCCUGACAAUGAGAAACAAUUCAAGAAACAAACUGCACUUGCUGAGCUGUUGAAACACAAGCCCAAGGCCACAGAGGAACAACUGAAAACUGUUUUGGGGGAAUUCACAGCUUUUAUGGAGAAGUGCUGCACAGCUGCUGACAAAGAGGCCUGCUUUGCUGAGGAGGGUCCAAAACUUGUUGCUUCAAGUCAAGCUACCUUAGCAUAAAAACAACACAAUCACCCUCCAAGCUUCUCAGCUUGCCCUGGAGUAAGAGAAAGAAAGAGAAAUGAAGACCCAGAGCUUAUUCAUCUGUUUUUCCUUUCAUUUGGUGUAAAACCAACAGCCUGUCUAAAGACCACAAAUUUCUUUAAACAUUUAGCCUCCUUUCUCUGUUCUGCAAUUAAUAAAAAAAUAAAAAUAA